GAAGCCUCCGCGCCCAACCUUUGUAUCACAGAAUCAAUUCACUCUUUACCUUGCCCACCAGACCGCCUACCCACCACUGCUCCUUGACCGUACUCUAUAGUCAACUACUCCAACAUGUCCGAAGAACGCGCCCCGUCCCCCACACCCUCCGAACGAGCCCGCAAGGACGCCGAAGACCGCAAGCGCGAAGAGGAAGAACAAGCCAAACUCCCCUACCGCUGGACACAAACCCUCGAAGAAGCAGACGUCAACGUCCCCAUCCCCGGCAAUCUCAAGGCGCGCGACCUCAUCGUCGAACUGAAAAAGACACACAUCAAAGUCGCCAUCAAAGGACAAGAACCCAUAAUUGAUGGCGACUUCCCACACCCGAUCCAAGUCGACGACUCAACGUGGGUCCUAUCCACGAAACCCGACAACACCAAAGAGGUCGCGAUUAACCUGGCCAAGGCCCGCGGGUCGCACUGGUGGGCACACAUAGUGACGUCGGCGCCCAAGAUCGACACGACGAAGAUCGUGCCCGAGAACUCGAAACUGUCCGAGCUCGACGGCGAGACGCGCGGCAUGGUCGAGAAGAUGAUGUACGACCAGGAGAUGAAGAGGCAGGGCAAGCCCACCAGUGACGAGCAGAACAAGCAGGACAUACUCAAAAAGUUCAUGGCCGAGCACCCGGAGAUGGACUUCAGUCAGGCUAAGAUGGGCUGAGACUGAAUUGAACGCUGGAAGCCAACUUGGUCGGGGCCGCAUGAAUUGUACGAGUAUGAUACCAACGACGAUCAUGAAUAUCAAAAAAAGUACAUUGCAUCAAGGGUUGUACAUACCUAGGUAUUAAGUGGAUCGACUCCACAUGAAAAUCAGCGUCGACCAACAUAAAGAACCGUGCAUCGUCA